AUGGCAACAAACAAGUAUACCGAGGCCUGCGCUGCUAUCCUCAACAGUUACGAUCCAAGUGGCAACUCACAGGACCUUCUCAAUAGUGCAAUAGAAGAACUGCCCCGGGCGUUUAGUUAUGAAUCGAAUAUUGAAAAGGCUAUCUCACUCAUGUGGCGAGUUCGGAACCAAUCUCUCAACCUCGUCCGCAUCAACGUUCUUCCGCCUGAGAUUAUAUCCCGUAUCUUCUGGUUUGCCCAGCGAUGCUGCUUACCAAAGAGUCAAUUUACAAGGAGGAACGAAAAAUCAGGAGACAACAUGGUAUAUCCCGAAACUGCGCUAGAGGUUUGUCACCGCUGGCGGGAGAUUGCACUAGCAUCACACGAUCUCUGGUCUCAUAUUGAUAUCGACUUGACAUCCGGGUCUGAAGGACCACUUUUCUCGCGGGCCUUGGCGUUUGCAGCACGUUCGAAUCAAGUACCGCUAUAUUUGCACAUACGAGUCGAUUUCUACUGCCGAGAGGACGAGCGUUUAUCAGAAUUCUGCCAUUCGAUUGUGUCGCGGACUCGCUCGAUUGAACUUCAAUGCGAUUGCCGGACACCCUUACACCGCAACGUUCUGCCUUUUUUAGCAAAUCUACUUUCAUGGGAUACCUCGGGAACGAUUCGUGGCUUCUAUAUUGAUGCGCAACCGAUGCAAGAGGCCCGCUUUUUGACUGCCAGUCAUAUACCUGUUUUCGAUGAACAUUCGCGUAUCUCUCUUACACAAAUCAUACCGCUCAAGGAGUCCAUUUUUGAAAAGACCAUGUCCCUCGUUACGAGUAUACGGUUGGUUGGUAUAUACCCUUGCUGGUCUAGCCGCGCAUAUGCUGGACUAGUCGAACUUGAUCUCGAUUCCACAGAGUCUGCUGGUACCAUUAUCUCGGAAUUAGCCCUCGCUGGUAUUUUGCGGGCUAGUCCAGGAUUACGAGCCUUUCGUUUCGGGCUCAAUAUGACUUUAGAAUCUGGAUACGGUUUAUUCGCACUCAGAUCAGUAAAGCUAGAACAUCUAGAGACGAUAAAACUCACUGGACGGUACACUACCGCUCAGGAAGCCGUGCUCCGUAUGAUUUAUCCUGGCCAAUUGCCAUUGCAAAUGAUUGUCGAGGUAAUACAACAUUAUAAAUCUGGUUCGCCAUCCUCCUACUGGAUCCAGUUCAUGAGCUUCGUCUCGCGUUCAAGAAUAGCCCAAUUGCACAUCAAAGGAGUGGCAGAAUCUCAAGCUAAAAUAUUCCUUGGGGGAUCAGAACUAUUUUCCUUGUUGCCUCAACUUCAGGUAUUAACCCUAUGUGAAGUGAUAGUUGGACAACCGUGCGAAGAGGUCCUAGAAGAUUAUGAUGCGGUUUCCUUUCUGCGCUUACUUCACGGAUAUUGCGACAGUCACUUUGGUCUAAAUCUUCAACUCGUUCGCUUAACCAAGUGCAAAAUUUACUGGAAUGACUUUCGCUAUAUGUCUGAAAUACAUCCAACCCAUGCAUUGAUAUUAGAACGGUGCCAUCUAGUUACUAUUCCGUCGAAUGGCAACAGAUUCUUUUUCAGCCAUAGGCAGGAUGUGAGGAGUACAUUAAUGAACAGAGUAAAAAGGGUUUUCCCCGCGGUAGAAUUCGAAGCUACCUAUGUUGAACUUGAGAAACUAAGCGAUUUCAGGCUUGCGUCUCCUAUGCCCUAUCAAAAGGCGCGAUAUCAGAAUAAUGCUACGCUUGCAGCGGAGGAAUCGGGGACAGAAUCCGGAGCCGGUAGCGCCUUUGCGGUUAACUCCAAUCCCAAUGCUCCGCCUGGACUCUUCGGUGCCCCUGCCUCCAGUGCCCUUUUUGGUUCCACGUGA